AUGAUAAAUUAGGGAUAAGUAACGAUUGCAUGGCUUGUACCCGCGGAAGUGUGAUCUGAGUCCCUCACACUGACCCUGACUGACCUGACCCUGCUGCCAGGUCAAUAUCGUCCUACUAUCGGUCGGCGGAACAAGAGAAAGACUACAUCUGCACUAUGGCCAAGGAUAACGGCCUGCACACGUGCGAAAACCUGCCGCCCACAAAAAUCGGCGAUCUGGAGUGCACAGAGCCGGCCCGACCCAACAGUCCCAACUUACCGACAAACACCUCGUGUGUCAACUGGAACCAGUACUACACAGAGUGUCGUGCCGGGGACAAAAACCCCUUCCAGGGCGCCAUGUCGUUCGACAACAUCGGCCUCGCCUGGGUCGCCAUCUUCCUGGUAAUUAGUUUAGAAGGUUGGACAGACAUCAUGUACUACAUACAAGAUGCCCACAGCUUCUGGGACUUCAUCUACUUCGUACUACUCAUUGUCAUUGGCGCCUUCUUCAUGAUCAACCUCUGCCUUGUCGUCAUCGCCACGCAGUUCUCAGAGACGAAGAAGCGAGAAACAGAACGAAUGCGGCUAGAACGUGCCCGAUUCCAGAGCACCUCCACUCUGGGGAGCUCUCUGGAGAACGCUGGCUGCUACGCUGAAAUCCUGCGCUACGUCGCUCACCUUUGGAGAAGACUACGAAGGAAACUGCGCUACCGCUGGCGACGAAUAAGGCGCAAGCCUCCGUCGCGCUUUAGUCUGCGUCGGCGACGACGCGGUGAUUACGGACAGGAGUGUAGUCAUGAUCACCCUCGACGGGACUAUCGUCGCGGGCGAGCGGUGCGUGGUGAAGACCCAGAGAGUGGGCGCAACAAUAAUAACUUUUUCUGUGAUAGGAAGGUGGAUGAGUGGGCACCUCAGGCCAGUCCGGAGGUUUCUGAUGUGGACCCGCUGUCCACGCCGCGUAGGCCGGAUGGGGAGAUGCCUACGGGGUCGGGUGCGUUGGUGCCUGUGGGACUGGGUGAACCGGAUAGUUCGGACUGCGAGCGUGGUCUGGAUAGUCAUCUGCUCCCUCCGGGGAUUCUCUGCAGUCGUCUGUCGCCUGACACGGGCCGGCCGCCCGAGAGACGAGCCAAGAGUGUCAGCUACGACGUCAACAAGCCAGUCAUCAUACCCAUCCAGAGGUUGGCCGCAGGUGGUGAAGGCGAUGUCGUAGAGACUGUCCCACCGCAGUUGCGGGCGGAACUAUCGCGGGCCGAGUCACAGCUGCGAAAAUUGCGGAGCUCUGUGUUCCCUCGCGUGUGCCGUUCGGCCGAUCGUGGUCCUCUCAGCUGCACUGAACUCCUUGCGAUCAGUGGAGCGUUGAGUGCAGCUCUACCCGCGCAGUUAGCGCAAGUACCUCUACGACAUUCGAGUCAGCAGCUCCCUUCCGCGCUGGCAGGAGUCACGGGAGGGCCGGUAACUACUCGACAGCUCUCUGAACCAGCGCUACCGGGACUCGGGUCUCCGCCACUAGACUCUGCGCGAACUGCGAGUGACGCGAGCUGGAGUGGCGACUCGGAGGAUUCGUGUUCCUCCGAUGAGGAGGACUACUCCGAUGAGGACUGCGAGGAAUACUGGUCGGAGUAUGAGGAUGACGAACCUCGCACGCCACGAUGUCCUCGAGUUCGCGCAGUUCUGAGGUGGAUUCGCGCGAGUGUCAAACGCUUCAUCGAACACUCAUACACACAGAAGGGCAUUCUUCUAGCGAUCAUGAUCAACACACUGAGCAUGGGUGUUGAGUACCACAACCAGCCGCCAUGGCUGACCACGCUGGUAGAGACGAGCAAUAUCGUGUUCUCGGCGGUGUUUGCGCUGGAGAUGAUGCUGAAGUUGAUCGCGGACGGGUUCUACGGCUACAUCCGCAACGGCUUCAACGUAUUCGACGGCCUGAUCGUCAUCAUCAGUGCCGUGGACCUGUACAAAUCCCAGUUCAGCACCACUGGUAGCGAGGGCGGGUCCAGUCUCUCCGUGCUGAGAACUUUCCGACUACUUCGCAUCCUGAAGCUGGUCCGUUUUCUACCAAAUCUGCGACGUCAACUCCUGGUCAUGUUGAAAACAAUGGACAACGUCGCCAUCUUCUUCUCGCUUCUCAUUCUCUUCAUUUUCAUCUUCAGUAUUCUGGGCAUGAACCUGUUUGGGUGUAGGUUCUGUAGGAAAGACGACAAAGGCAAAACAAGCUGCGACCGAAAAAACUUCGACUCUUUGCUGUGGGCGUGCAUCACAGUUUUCCAG